UUCUGUGUUUUCUGAGGGGGGUUUUCUCCGGGGAUUUUCUCUCUCUCUCUCUCUCUCUCUCUCUCUCUCUUUUAUCAGGUCGACCUGUGAUCAAACAUUCAAACCUUAAACCCAAAUCGUCUGUGUGCUCUCCGGCUGCUCCUCUCCAGUAUUAUUACCUCUUUAUCUUCCACACAACACACAAACAAUGAAGCUGCUGCUGUCCUGUAUUCUGCUGACUGUCCCGCUGGUCACUGGGUACCGCAGCCCCCUGAAUGACUUCCAGCGCUCUGAGGGCCGAGAGCUGGUUCCCACCGCCUGGAACUCAGUUCGGGUGUUGACGAUCCAGGGACAGAACCUGGAGGAUUGUGCCACACGCUGCUCUGAGUCACUGGACUGCAGAGCGUUCAACUUCGAGACACGGCCCAUCGUCACCUGUAAGCACCUGCCCUGGGUGGGCGACGGCAGCUACGCGGAGGUGAAGAGAAACGUGAACUGUGACCUUUACGAGAAGAAGGUCUACGUCAGGAAGUGCAUCGUGGGACAAGGAGAAGACUACCGGGGGAAAGUGUUGACCACAAAAAGUGGUCUCACCUGCCAACAGUGGUGGUCCAAGUUCCCUCAUGAUCACAGGUGGACUCCCAAUGCUGCAAAUGGUCUGGAGCUGAACUACUGCAGGAAUCCAGACGGGGAUCGAAUCGGUCCGUGGUGCUACACCACAGAUACUGAGCAACGCUAUGAAAGCUGCAACAUUCCCCAGUGCAAAGACGAGGUUUGCAUCACGUGUAACGGAGAAGACUACAGAGGGCAGGUGGACCACACUGUGAGUGGCAGGGAGUGUCAGAGAUGGGACCAGCAGUAUCCUCACCAACACAUCUACCAGCCGGAAAAGUAUCCUGACAAAAGCUUAGAUGAUAACUACUGUCGUAACCCUGAUGCCUCCCCGGUGCCCUGGUGUUACACCACAGACCCUGAGGUGGAGAGGGAGAACUGCGAGAUCAGCAAGUGCACUGAAGUUCGCGUUGAGAAACGUCAGCGCUCCAGCUUCACCACCCACUGCUUCCGCGGCCGAGGCGAGGAUUACCGUGGCAAUGUCAACGAGACGACGUCAGGUAUCCCCUGCCAGAGGUGGGAUGAUCAGGAUCCUCACGAGCAUCCCUUCUACCCAAACACAUACGAGUGCAAGGGCUUGGAGGAGAACUACUGUCGUAACCCAGAUGGGUCGGAGGCUCCCUGGUGCUUCACAUCUGUGCCAGAGAUGAGGACGGCGCUCUGCUUACAGAUCAAACGCUGUGCAGACGACAUAGAAGCCGAGGAUUGCUACCAAGAAAAUGGAAAAAACUACAGAGGAAUGGUCCGUAAGACCCGUAAGGGAAUCACCUGCCAGAAAUGGACCGUUAAUACACCUCACCGGACCAAGAUCAACACAAGGACACAUCCCGAGGGCAAUCUGACAGAGAAUUACUGUCGUAACCCAGAUGGGGACCAGCACGGACCCUGGUGCUACACCACUGACCCCAAAACUGAGUUUGACUACUGUGCCAUUAAACAGUGUGCUGGAGAGAAAGUGUCCCUGACUGAUCCAGAAGAGGAUGUUGAGUUUACCGAGUGUGGAAAGAGAGAGGACCGUGCCCAGAGUAGCAGGCUGCGUAUCGUGAGCGGGGUUCCAGGAAACUCGCCGUGGACAGUGAGUCUCAGAGACAGGAAAGGAAACCAUUUCUGUGGAGGAUCCCUGGUUAGCCCCAGAUGGGUGAUCAGCACCAAGCAGUGCUUCUCCUCUUGCUAUGUGGACCUGCCUGGUUACUCGGCCAUGAUGGGGACACUGUUUCGCGAUCCACAAGAAGGAGAGCCCGGCGUGCAAACCAUCCCUCUCACCAAGAUCGUCUGUGGGCCCUCUGAAUCUCAGCUGGUCAUGCUACAACUGGAAUAUCCUGCCCAGUUUAAUGAGCGUGUCUCACAGAUCUGCCUCCCUCCUGAGCGCUACAUUGUGUCUGAGGGGACAACCUGUGAGAUCGCAGGAUGGGGUGAGACAAAAGGGACUGGAGAUUCGACCGUACUCAACGUGGCCCAAAUACCGGUUCUUAGCAACAGGGCAUGCAACCAGUACUUCAGAGGUCGUGUUCGUGAGAAUGAGAUGUGCACAGGCACGUUUCAGGGUGGCGUGGGUGCCUGUGAGAGAGACUACGGCGGCCCUUUGGCGUGUCAACACAGUGACUGCUGGGUACUCGAGGGUGUGAUCAUCCCCAUGAGGCGCUGCGGACACCCGGGCCAGCCCAACAUCUUCAUCCGUGUCUCCGUCUACGUGGACUGGAUCAAGAAGGUCAUGGAGAUGGCUUAAGACUCAGAUACUGACGUCGAAUAAGGGACUGAACUAAUCCACUAUCAACCUUGGAGCAGUUUUGUUCUGUUGGCUAUUUACACUUUUUCUUCUCAGUUAUUUCUUUUACAAUUAAAACUAUAAAUAAUGCAUAGAAAUGCAUCAUCACAUUAGAAUGUAUUCGCAUGGGAUUUAACAUUAUUGUUUUAAUAAAAAGUUGUAUAAAACAUU